GGCAACCCUGUCUGAGCGCGUCUCCAGUCAGGAUCUCAAGUUCAGCAGAAGCUCGCAGCUCCAGCAUGGCAGUGUUCUGCAGAUCCGCUGCUUCACUGGUGAAGCCGGUGUUUUUACUGCCGUCUACAUUCGCAGCUGUGCGGCACUACAGCUCAGGUGGACAGUUUCAGUAUAUCCUGGUUGAUAAAAAAGGAGACAAUAACAACGUUGGUUUCAUCCAGUUGAACAGACCCAAGGCUCUGAAUGCCCUCUGCGAUGGCCUGAUUAUUGAAGUGAAUAAAGCCCUGGACAGCUUCGAACAAGACAGUGGAGUGGGAGCAAUCGUGAUCACAGGCAGCGAAAGAGCAUUUGCAGCUGGUGCUGACAUUAAAGAAAUGCAGAACAGAACAUUUCAGGAGUGUUAUGGAGGCAGUUUCUUGUCGCACUGGAACAAAAUUUCAACAGUUAAAAAACCUGUCAUAGCUGCUGUGAAUGGAUUUGCUCUUGGUGGAGGCUGUGAGUUGGCUAUGAUGUGCGACAUCAUUUAUGCUGGGGAGAAAGCACAGUUUGGACAGCCUGAAAUCUUAUUAGGAACCAUUCCAGGUGCUGGUGGCACUCAGAGACUCACACGGGCUGUGGGUAAAUCUCUGGCCAUGGAGAUGGUCCUUACAGGAGACAGAAUAUCUGCACAGGAGGCCAAACAAUCUGGUCUUGUGAGUAAAGUGUUUCCUGUAGACCAGUUGGUAUCUGAGGCAAUCAAGUGUGGCGAGAAAAUUGCGAGCAAUUCCAAGCUAGUAGCUGCAAUGGCCAAAGAGGCUGUUAAUGCAGCAUUUGAACUGACACUGGCUGAAGGCAAUCGGUUAGAGAAGAGAUUGUUCCAUUCAACCUUUGCUACAGAGGACAGAAAAGAGGGCAUGACUGCGUUUGUUGAGAAGAGAAAGGCCAUGUUCAAGGACAAUUAAAGGUUCUGAUCUCAGCUGGUGGUUUUUAAUACACUAAUAUUUAGUUUGUGAUUUAAAUGCCAUUAUUGAUAAUGUAUUCGCCUUAACUUGAUGUUAAAUCAAGUAAAUCAACUUCACAAGGGAGCCUCACAAGCUGAAGUGUUUAGUACGAUUUCAUCAGAUUUACUGUUUUUCUCCACCUGAAAUUGUUGAUCCUUGAGAGGAUUCCUGGUUAACUUUGAAUAAUGUCAAUAAAUAAAAUAUUAUUAUUAUUAUUAUUACAA